GGCCUAACUCUGGAUCAAACAGGUAUAUCGCUGCUUCGUUCCGUAACACUCAACUGCUGGUUCGUGUCUCAGGCAUUCGGAGCGAUGCUCGCUCCUCUUAUCACCGACAGCUGCGGCAGAAAAAUGGCUUACGUGAUCGCAUCAUCAAUAAUGACAUUAGCAGCGGUCAUUCAGUACCUUGGUACGGUAACUCUGUAUCCAGAACUGCUGAUCGCUGGCCGAGCCCUCUGCGCGCUUUGUUCACCACUUAGUGAUGCUGCCCUCAUCCUUUAUUUGCAGGAAUGCUCUCCACUCGAAAUGCGUGGAGCGUUCAGCUUUUUGGGCGAAAUUGGAUACGGCUCGAUGUGCGUGCUCGGCAUGAUCCUCGGCUUGAAAAAUGUUUUUGGCGAUUCGCUCACUCGACUGCUCGGUUUCUCAGCCAUACCGCAGUUAUUUGGUGUUUUCUUCCUGUUGCUCAUUCCCGAAACGCCGAAAUAUUUGAUGAUCACACAGAAUGACAGAAAAGGGGCGCUCAAAUCGCUGGAGUUCUUCCAAGGCCAAAGAAAGGAAAAUGAAGCUGUGCUGGAUGAAUAUCUUUGCGAGGCCCGCGAAGAGGGUGAAAUAAAAAAAGGAAGUCUAAAGGAAAUUUUUACAACAUGGCAUCUUCGGAACGCUGCUUAUCUAUCGUGUAUGAUACUCACUCUGACGCUUCCCUUUUACCCCAUUUUACAAUCAUCAACAUAUUUCCUACUCAAACUGGAAAUUCCACGGUAA